CCAGUUUCCACUGAAUUUGCCAUCGGGCUCCUUCUACCGACCGAGCUCCUAAGCUACCACCAUGGCAAGCGCGACGCGUGUCCAGCUAUGGACGUACGGCGUGCUCUUACUCAUCGCAACGGUCCUCGCAACUCUCCUGGGCACGGCUGUUGCCGAGGCCGCCUCCGCGCCUGGCACGCCGACGCUAUCCCUCCUCGUCGCCGCGUUUGCUUUCAGUCUGGCGACAUUUGCGUACCUCCUCAUGUUUCUUGUAGUGCGCCAGCUGCAGCCCAACGCGCCGCUUUUGUGGCUCGCGAGCGACUGCGCGGUGCUCACCGUCCUCACGGUUUUCGGAUACGGGUGCGCCGUCGCAUUCACUGCACGCGGCGUGCUCGGCCUCGGCUCAUGCUCGGAGCCAUCGACACAGCACAGCCACUGCACGUAUGUGCCAAAAAACACAGCUUACCACAGCCUGGUGGUGGCGGCCGGCGCCCUGCUGUGGAUCUGCGCGGUGCUUCUCUCCGCCAUCCUGACAUACCUCGUCAUCAACAAGGCGGUGAACCACCCUGGGCGCGAGGCAUGGACGCGCUCAUUGCAGAGUCUCACCGAACACCCGUCCCGCACGAGGGCUGUCAUGCUUUCCAGUAGGUCGCCGACCAUCCUCGAGGAUCCCUUCACCGAGCCCGAGGCCGUGCGUCCCAUCCUCCACGUCGACUUGCUCGAGGAUGGCCACAGCCGGUCCAGCCCUCCGCGCUCGCGCUACGCCGCCUCCCUUCCGCGCUUCCAUGCGCGCACGGGCUCUCCCUCGCCCUCUCGCUCGCGAGCGGAGCCGCCCGCCCGCUCACAAACCUCUCAGAGCACCGCAGGGCACUCUCCCAGCCACACAGUGCCGCGCUCAGCUAUCAGCCCUGCUCAGUCCAAGCUUUCGAAGACCACGGCAUUGAGCCACGACCGCGCCACCCCAAUUCCCCAGCUCAUACUCGACGAAAAGCGGCGCCCGCUCGAGUCAACCAGCUUGACGCGCGACACCCCCCGCCUUCAGAUUCAAAUCCCACCCACGCACGCGCGAGAUGCGGAUGAGGACACGAUCCUCAGCGCUAGCACUGACGUUUUCUCCGUCAUGGCCGAGUUUCCCGGCUCACCGCGUUCGCCCAGAACCGACUUCCACGAGUAUCCGCCAUCGCGGCCAUUGUCGCUGCUGCCUGACCCCGCGUGGUCGCCAUACGGCAGCGUGUGGGAGCCGGCGCCCUACGCUGCUUUAGGGAGCGGGUGGGCGUCGAGUUCGGGCUUACAUCCCACACACAGCGUGUCGAGCGAUCGCGGACGGCCUAGUCAUGCGGAUUCGGGGCCAGACAUGCCCUCGACGAGGUUUUCUUUCGGCCAGCGUCGGGAGUCGCCGCCCGCCUCGCACUCGGGGCAGCUCAUGACCCCCACCUCACAGAGCCCGCCGUACCGUGCGCCGCGGUUCCGCGAACCGCUACAAGCGGGGACGCCGUGAAGUUGCAAGCUCUUAGAGAGAAAAGUAGCGACGCUCGUCCUCAGCGCACUGAGGACUUACCCACCUUUGCGCAAGAAGUGUAUCGUCUGGCAUGUCCGUCGUGAUAACCGAGCAAGUGAUGUGGUUCUGAUUCCUGCUGCUUGUUGUGUUGUGAAUGCGCUUGACUAUGUGUACUCCUGUAUCCCGAGAAAGGCGGAAGGCGGCAAUGGUGUGCCAGCACAGCGCAGGAUCGCCGUGCAGCGAUCCAGCAUCCGCCAGCAUUGAUACCCUCGUCCGCGCGACCCGGAAGCGUC